AAACUUAUUAAAUAGAUAUAAAUCAUGCAGUAUACUGGAAGCUCAUAUGACGGGGAAUAUAACAAAGGUCGGUUUGAAGGGACCGGUAAAUACUCCUUUUCAACUGGCACGAAGUACGAGGGAUCUCUCAAUAACGGUAUGUUCCAUGGUGAUGGUACUCUCUUCUUUCCAAACGGGAGCAAAUACACAGCAAACUGGGAAAAUGGGUUCGCUCAGAAAGGUACCUACAUGUUUGCUGACGGACUGAAGUUCGAAGAGAAGGAUUGGGAGUAUUGUGAUGGAUUUGACCGACGUUUCUACACCGAAGUCUGCAAUGGUUUGAAACCCGCCGGAAGAUCGCAAAUUACAGAUAAAUCGGCCGAAGAAGUCGAGGAAGGUUAUUACGACGUGGGAGACGGCGUGUAUGAUCCCGAGGCGAGAGUAGUACAUGACUACACUGGCAAGUUCCUUCGCAAUGCAGAUGACGACGAGCACGAUUGGAUCUUGAAGACAUGUCGAAAAGGUCUGGACGAAGUGACUGGGUUUAUACGUGGAUGGGACGGCAUCUCUGGUCCACCCCCGAAACUAGUCGAUGUUCCAGAAGAGGUUGAAGAGAAGUGAAGCCAAAUGUCACCUCACCUGUCUUAACAACCUUCUAUAAUAGUCAUAUAUAAAUCAUAGUUAAUUAUCAAAUCAUUACAGAGUUUUAAAAUUCAUCCAUGUGUAAAUUGUAAAUAUGUAAACUAAAGUGUAAGUUUUUGAUUUUUGCUGGACAUAAAUAAAAAAUUUAGUCCUAA